UGCCGUGGUUUGUGUAUGUGUAUUUUCUGGUCUGUUCACGUUCAAUCUUGCUUGUUUUCCCGUGCAGUGGAUUGCACGCCGGAAAAUGUCUGACAACAGAAACACCGCAAGUGAACCAAGCGAUAAUGCCAGUGAAAACUCUGAGGUGUACCCUGGCUUUAAAACCAUGAAAGAAUUUACACAGAAUGGACUGAAAAUACUCAUGGAGAAAAUAAGAGAAUCAAACAGUUUACCUAUAGGUCAAAGAUGGGAUUUUUAUACAAGUUUCCCCUCUUUUAAAACUGUUAUGGACUCCGAAGGGAAGAGAAUUCUUCACUUGAUGAAUAUGAUAUUACGCCACCAGAAUAUUCAAGGAAGCAUUCUCCGCAGAGAUAUUGAAGAGAAAUUUGAAUUGCUAGUUGAUGCAAAUGACCAAAUUUUUGAACGAGUAGGAAAUACUUUAGACGAAAUUUUAGGCAUCAGGAAAAACCCAGAGCCAGUUUUAGUGGAAGCAUCUGGGAAAACAAGGGCUGUCAGCGGAAGCUGGAACAAGGGGUCUCUUAACAAGGUAGAUUCUAACGUGCCUGCCCAAUUCCAACCACAAUCAGUGCGUCUUCUCACUGCUAAAAAUAUUGAAAGGCCACAAGCAAAGUUCCGAGAUAAAAUUGACAAUAGUAAUACUCCUUGGGACCCUCGGAUAAAGGAGAAACCAAAUGCUCUCAAACCUUUAGCCAUUCUGGUGGAGACUAGUGAAGACGGGGAGUGCUUCAGCCAUCCUUAUGAAUUUGAGCUUGACCGUUUCACGCCACCAGAUGAUCAAUUGAAAGUAUUGAAACCUACUCCUGUGAAACCUAUGGCUGACACCCCUCUUGUAAUGGUAGAGAGGCAGGAACAAAUUGCACCUCUUUUGGAUGAUCUCUUAAAGUGUAAAACAUUUGCUGUUGAUUUAGAACACCAUUCAUAUCGCAGCUUUCAAGGAUUUACUUGUCUGAUGCAAAUAUCAACUGGAGGAAAGGAUUAUCUUAUAGACACACUUUCCCUACGUUCAGAUCUGCAUGUAUUGAAUGAAGCAUUUACUAACCCUAAAAUUUUGAAGGUAUUUCAUGGAGCUGAGAAAGACAUCCAAUGGCUUCAAGGAGACUUGAGCCUCUAUGUUGUUAAUAUGUUUGACACUUAUCAAGCAGCUAAAGCUUUAAAUUUUGCUGGGCUAUCUCUUGCUUUCCUUAUGAAACAUUUUUGUGAUGUUAAUGCUGACAAGCACUUCCAACUUGCAGAUUGGCGGAUUAGACCUCUCCCCGAUGAACUGAAAAUGUACGCAAGGGCUGACACUCAUUAUUUGAUAUACAUUUAUGAAUGUAUGCGAAAUGCUCUGAUUCAAGCUGCUAAUGGUCAGACUAACUUGCUCCUAGCUGUUUAUCAACGGAGCACAGAAGUUUGCAAAAGGCGAUUUCAAAAAUUCAUACUUCAAGAUGAUUCACAUAUGGAGCUGUAUCGCAAAAGCAAGAAGAUGUUUAACAACAGACAAAUGUAUGGUCUUCAACAUCUGUUUCAAUGGAGAGAUAGGGUGGCACGUGAGGAAGAUGAGAGUACAGGGUAUGUUUUGCCUAAUCACAUGUUACUGCAUAUGUGUGAGCUACUUCCAAGGGAAAUUCAAGGUAUCCUAUCUUGCUGCAAUCCAAUUCCUCCACUAGUUCGUCAACACCUUGUGGAAAUGCAUCAAAUUAUUCUACGAGCACGUGACCAGCCACUAGUUAAGCCAGUUGUUGAGGAAGAGUUGCGCCAAAGGCCAGUUGCUGAAACAUGGGCAAAAUUAAAUUUAGAAAAUCCAUUGCAUUGUCCACAUGACAUGUCGUUUCAAGUGGAUUUCCGAGAUGAUCUUCCUACUUUACUGAAACCCUUAGAAAAUGGUGAUGUUGAGAUGUCUAACCAAAGUUUGUGGAUCCGUGCCUCACUUCCUCAUUCACUGGCCACAAAUUUGGCUCAAAGUGCCUUAGAGAAUCAUAAACCAAAAUUAGAGUUGGGGCAAUCUCAUCUACCUGAAGAUGGCCCUGAGCAAGGAUCGGAUCUGAAACCGGAGUUAAAAGAUCUUAUUGCUAAAGUAAACUUCCUAAGUCCCUUUGAAUGUUAUAAAAAGGUACGUCCAUACUUAGACCAUUUAGAUCAAGAAAAGUUAAGAAAGCAUCAAGAAAAAGAGCUGCAAAAAGAGGCUACUAAACAAGUUACAGAUGUUUCUGAUGACUUAACAUUUGAGCAAAGAAUAAGCAGAAUGCAAGCAGACAUAAGGCGAAUGACAAAUGAUAGCCAGAAUGGUGGACCAUCCACUGCAGGUGACUCAGCUGGAAGGCCAGAAGAAAUAUCCCUCUCCUCCCAGGCUAAAGGUGUGAAGAGAAAAUCAUCUCAGAUAAAAGGUAAAUCAUUAGAAGAUCAAGAAGAUGAGGAACCUCAACAGAAACAAAAGAGAACUGAUACAAAAUCACCCAAAAAUUCUAAAAGUGGACCAGAAGCUAAGCAAACAGUUCCUCCUUCCAACAAAACGCCCAACAGAAACUCCAGUGGGCCACCCCAAUUUGAACCAUAUGAUUAUCAGCAGGCUAAUUACAGUCGAUUCCAGAGUGGAGAUCAAAGGCGACAAAACCAGGAUGUUCGUUCAAACUUUGCAAAGAAACAAAAGAAGAAUAAGAACUUUAAAGACAGUGCUUCAAAAGCAACCAGAGGAAUAGAAGGUAGAGGUGAUAAACCAUCAAGGGGGGGCCGAGGUCGGGGGCGUGGUCGUGGCAGAUUUUAGGACAGUUUUUCUGAUUAUUUUUUUUUAAGUUUAUAACAUCUUCUAAUAUCUGUAUCUUAGCAGA